GCAGCCAUCUGUUGUGAGCGGAGAGGAGAAGAUGCUGGCUGCACUGAUCGGCCGAAAGGGUCCAUAAAGUAGGGUUCCAGAGAGGAGGACAGAGACUUGCAUGUAUAUUUUAAAUUAAUUUAUUCAUAAAUAUAUAUAAGUGCUUAUAGAUAGCUAUACUAUAUCCAAAUUAAUAAAAUAAGAGUUAACCAACUUAAACAAAAAAAAAAAUGAAAGCGUUUGUGAUAGCGGCCUUUUUGGCCGUGGCGUUUGCAGACCCCAAAGUGUAUUUGAGGGAGCAGUUCGAUGAUGGGGAUGAAUGGAAGAGCCGGUGGGUUGAAUCGAAACACAAGUCAGAUUAUGGGAAGUUUGUUCUGACGGCUGGCAAAUUCUACGGGGAUGCAGAGAAAGACAAAGGCUUGCAGAGCAGCCAGGAUGCCAGAUUCUACUCCAUGUCAACAAGGUUUAAUUCUUUCAGCAACGAAGGGGAAACCCUGGUCAUUCAGUUCACAGUGAAACAUGAGCAGAGCAUUGACUGUGGGGGCGGCUAUAUCAAACUCUUCCCAGGAGAACUGAACCAAGAGGAAAUGCACGGGGAAUCCAGCUACAACAUCAUGUUCGGUCCAGAUAUCUGUGGGCCAGGAACCAAGAAGGUUCAUGUGAUCUUCAACUACAAGGGAAAGAACCACUUGAUCAACAAGGAUAUUAGAUGCAAGGAUGACGAGUACACUCAUUUGUACACUCUGAUCGUCCGCCCUGACAACACCUACGAAGUGAAAAUCGACAACAAGAAAGUGGAGUCUGGCAGCCUGGAGGAGGACUGGGACUUCCUGCCCUCCAAGAAGAUCAAGGACCCUGAAGCCAAGAAGCCGGACGACUGGGACGAGAGGGAGAAGAUUGACGACCCCGACGACUCCAAGCCCGAGGACUGGGACAGAUCUGAGCACAUUCCAGACCCUGAUGCCAAAAAGCCAGACGACUGGGAUGAAGAGAUGGACGGUGAAUGGGAGCCCCCUAUGAUCACAAACCCGGAAUACAAGGGCGAGUGGAAACCACGCAAGAUUGAUAACCCUGACUACAAGGGCAAAUGGGUGCACCCUGAAAUUGACAACCCAGAGUACACCCCCGAUUCCAACAUUUACAAGUACGACAGCAAUGGUGUCCUCGGGCUUGACUUGUGGCAGGUGAAAUCGGGAACAAUCUUUGACAACUUCCUCAUAACAAAUGACGAAAAGUUUGCAGAAGAAGUUGGCAAUGAAACUUGGGGUGUAACCAAGGACCCCGAGAAAAAAAUGAAGGAGGCUCAGGAGGAAGAGGACAGGAAGAAGCGUGAGGAGGAUGAGAAGACCAUGAAGGAUGAAAUAAAGGAUGAGGGGGAAGGGGAAGAAGAGAAAGAGGAGGAUGAGGAGGACGACGAGGAUGAAGAAGAAGAAAACGAGGAGGAAACAGACUCUAAACUGAAGGAUGAGUUGUAAUCCCAGAGUGUGCAAAGAGACAACCUGCCUAAUAUGAGCCAAUCUGGCAGAGCUGUGUGGACAUUUCUUAUACUUUUCAAGCAGGACGAGGGGAGGUGGCUUCAUUCCACUUGGGCAUGAAAAACACAAAACCAAUAUCGGAAGCCUUGGGUACCUGCUGCUUUUCAUACGGAAGCCCCCUUUUUAAAGGAGGGUUUACCAAGGAAAACAAAAAUGUGGGUUUUUCAAGCCUAGGUUAAUGUUUCACCUUUUCUGCUGAAUUAUGGUUUCUCCAUUGGGUUAUGCCUUCAUGGUUAUUUUUUUUUUUUUUAGUAGCCAUUAUCUAAAUGCUGGUUGUAAACUCCACUGGAAAGACCUCCCUUCCCCCACCCUAUUGGAUUUCAUUGACCGUAUGAUUUUAUUUAGUUUUUUGUUGUUUUGUAGGUCAAUUGCAAAAUAUUAAGAACAUUGCUGUAACCAAUGCCUCAAGUAAAUCAUUCAGGUAGCAAACUAAAUGCCCAUCGUUAAUUAAGAAUCCGGGGUAGAAAUAGUGGCUUGGGCAAUGUUUGAUAAAUGCCAGUUGAGCACACAUUUGGCCAGUCUUUUCUAGUGCAUGUGUUUGUUACCCUGUCUAGUGCUGCUUGCCCUCCAUGCUGACAUUGUACAAAUUUGGUCUAAAUAGUAAACUUUGUCUUCUGAAUAGCAUUGCAGUUUGUCACUAUUCGUGCUGAUAGAAAAGUUUAAUAUGAAGUGAUCAAAGCAUGACCAUGUUUAGUGGUAUGAGAGGAGCUGGUGAUCAUGUUUUUUAAAUGGCUUCUGGCUCACUUCACACUGAUCGUGUUCCUCUGCUAGUGCAAGCCAUGUGUUUUUUUUUGUUUUGUUUUUUUAAUAAAAAUUGUUCACCAUUUUGAAUUGUUUUUGGAAGUACCACAGAGCCACUUGGUAGUGAAAGGGGGCACAUAUUAGGCAGUAAAGAGUGACUGCUAAAUCUCAAUUACUUUGUAAAUCAUGCCGAGUGAAUGUUGGGUUUGUCCUGUUUUAGAAUGACCAUCCUUUUAUUAAUGAAAAUAACAACAUUGCAAAUAAUUUACAAUGUGAGUUUGCACUGCUGUACCUUAAUUAAACUUGUCAAAGUAAACAAAAGGGUAGUUUUUAUUUUUAUUUUCAUUUUGUUUUUUAUAUAUUUUGUACUGUGUGGGAGGUGCUGUUCCAACCCCCCCCCCCCCUCAGCUGUUGUACAAAAAGAUCUUGUACACAAAGCAAGUUAAUGUACAGUGAUUUAAAUGUAAAAAUGAAACAGAUGUUUUGUCUCUUA